UGCCUACUUGACGCCAUUCCAAAGUCAGCGUGCGCUUCCGGUGAUCAAACGUGUCUCUGCCAUGACACUUCAUACAUCAAUCUAGUCGAGACAUGCGUUAGAGCGAAUUGUUCAGUCAAAAAUGCCCUGGUCACGAAGAACAUCACACAGACAGAAUGUGGCUUUCCGGUCGAGGACGACUUCGCGGCCGUCAAGAUCAUUCGCCUGGUCCUGUUCUUCACACUCCCCACCUUCGCUAUUAUCAUCCGCAUGGUAGUGAAAAUCGCCCGGAUAUCAUCCUGGGGACAUGAUGAUAGUACCAUUUUACUGACAUACAUCAUAAUGUUUGGCUUUAUACCGGUGAAUUAUAUCGCUGAACGUAACGGUGCUGGGCGAGAUAUAUGGAGUCUCACCUUUGACCAAAUCGACAUUUACUUCCUGACCUUUUACAUUGGUCAGCUACUCUACGUAUUUACACUGACGCUGAUCAAAUGCUCCAUACUGUUCAUGUACCUCCGAAUCUUCCCCGGCGAGAAGUUCCGCCGGGUCUUGUGGGUAACGCUAGCUGUCACCGCGGGGCUCGGGACGGGCUCUGUGUUCCUAGUAGCAUUCCAGUGUCAGCCCGUGGGCAUGGCAUGGAAACAAUGGACCGGGGAGGAGAAUAGUCACUGUGUACCGGUACCGCCGCUUGGCGUGGUCCACGGGGCGGUCAAUAUCAUCCUGGACGUCUGGAUGCUCAUUCUACCGGCAUCUCAGGUGCUUUUCUUGAACAUGAAACCACGAAAGAAGUGGGCGGUGAUGUUCAUGUUCAGUCUCGGCCUAUUCCUCACAAUCUCCAGCGGCAUACGACUGAGGGCGGUUCUGAGGUACACGACCGCGUCGACCAAUCCAACUAUCGAUGCAAUGCCUGUCGCCGUGUGGUCAGACAUAGAGCUUGACGUGGGCGUUUUCACGACUUGCAUCCCAAAUACUUGGCAAUUCGUCCGCCGC